AUGGCACAAUUUGUCCUCGUAUUUGUGUUGAUGAUCAUACCUACCACGACAUACGCCACAUCCAGAAGCCAAAGUCUCGAGGUGCAGAACCUUUUGAAGCGUCUGAACAAGCCUCAUGUCAAAUCUAUCAAGAGUCCAGAUGGAGAUAUAAUUGAUUGUGUUCUUAUUCAUAAUCAACCGGCUUUUGAUCAUCCUUUACUCAAGAACCAUACAAUUCAGAUGAGACCGAGUUCUUUCCCAAAGGAGGAUACGAUCUUCCCGAGGGAGUCGAAGGGAGGAUCCUUUGAACAAGUAUGGCACUCGAAGGGAAGUUGUCCAGAAGGUACAAUUCCUAUCAAAAGAGUAACCGAAGAAGACAUACUGAGAGCAAGCUCUGUCCGAAGAUUCGGAAUGAAGAAGCCUCACACCUUCCCUCCAUCGUCAAGUCCUGAGGUAGUAGGCAACGGUCAAAACCUAGGCAACGACCAUGAGUAUGCAUUCUGUCGUCUGCAAGGUGGCAAGUAUUAUGGUAUUAAGGCAAGUUUGAACAUUUGGGAACCUUUUGUUCAAUAUCCUUUUGAAUUCAGCGCAUCCCAAAUGUGGUUAGGAGCAGGUCCUCCUGAUAAACUCAAUUCGAUUGAAGCUGGUUGGCAUAGCGAUGGAUAUCAAUCUACGGGUUGCUAUAAUCUGGAAUGCUCAGGCUUUGUCCAAACCAAUACAGAAAUAUCUGUGGGGGCAACUAUUACACCUGUAUCCACGUAUGGAGGUGGACAAUUUGAGUUAACUUUCCAGGUUUGGAAGGAUCCCAAAGACGGCAACUGGUGGUUGCGUGUUCAGGAUGAUACGUUGUUGGGAUACUGGCCGGCGUCACUCCUGCCCAACUUGAAAGAUGGUGCUUCAAGGGUUCACUGGGGAGGAGAGAUUGUGAACUUGAAGGUAAACGGGAACCACACGACAACAGAUAUGGGGAGUGGGCAUUUCGCAGAAGAAGAUUAUGGCAAAGCCAGUUCAUUUAAGAAUCUCCAAGUAGUUGAUGAAACCGACACUCUACGAACUCCUAAUGGAAUCUUCACCGUAGCUAGCCAUGAAUCCUGCUACAACAUCAAACUCUAUGAAGGGAAUCCACAGUGGGGCACCUAUUUUUACUAUGGCGGUCCUGGUCUAAAUCCUAAUUGCCCAUGA